UUUUCUGUAGAACUACGGGGUCACAGGUGAGGUGGAGGGUCAGAGGCAGGAACAAUGGAAGACGAGGGGGUGAUAAUAUGAAAAAAAAAUGUGUUAAAUUUGAAUUACUUUGACGGCGGGAACCGGAAAUGUUGUUGGACUUUUUUGAGCGAAAUAGCGGACGAGUCUCAGUGGACGCUUAUUUGCGCUUUUAUAUUACAGGCAGCUGUCAUGUCUUCGACUUCUAAAAAACACAAGGACUUUGUGGCCGAGCCCAUGGGCGAAAAGCCUGUGAUGGCGUUGGCUGGAAUAGGGGAGGCUCUUGGGAAGAGACUUGAAGAGAAGGGCUUUGACAAGGCAUAUGUAGUUUUAAGUCAGUUCCUGGUGUUGAAGAAGGACGAGGAGCUGUUCGGGGAGUGGAUGAAAGACACGUGCGGUGCGAAUGCCAAGCAGCAGCGUGACUGCUCCGGCUGCCUGCGCGAGUGGAGCGACUCGUUCCUGUAGUGCCGCUCGUCAACGACGAAGCAGCGCCGCGUUUUCACGGUCUCCAUGCAUUUCAUCCGCCGUCCUUCACUCUUCUACAGGCUGCUCAGCUCUCGCCGUACCUCGGAUCACAAUAUGUGUGUUGGACUUCUGGGGGUUCUGGGGGCACGAUUUGGCUCAUCAUUUCUGUAAACCUUAGGCUGUUUGCGUUCAGAAGUACAUGCACUGCCGCUCCGCACAACCUUUCCGACUGUUAUUGUGGUUUCCUAGACACGACCCUAUAUUAUUAAAAUGGCAUGGCUUUUAAAAAGUUUUAAACAUAACACAGCUUUUAAACAGUUUCUUUCUUUCUUUUCUUUUUUGGUGCUCUCAUUCUGAUACAUUUGGUACAUUCUGGUUUUAAAUGACCGUUUGUGCUUUAAUGCAUCAAAAUGUCAGACUGAAUUGAAGUGGUUUGGGCAGUUGCAACACUUGUGAUAUUAAUGUUUUAGCUGUGAACUAGUUUUAAUUUCACAAGUUUCAGCUUCCAGCAGUUUAAUUACGAGAAACAAAUGACUGAAGGUUUUCAGUGAACUGACAAAAUUCUCCCAAAUGUGAAGUUUUUCAGAGGUUAUUUUUCUGAUGUCCUAUAAAUGAAGUAAAGGAAGUGGUGGAUAAUGACACUGGUUUUUGUUUUUGUCUUGACUGUGGGAUGGAGGGAAUAUAUGCUGUUAACGUUUUUUUAUUUUAUUUACAAUUGUGCCCUGUAGUUUGUUGAGGAUCUGACCUUUCUAAAAAAAUAAAUAAAAUCAAGCAUAAAACUUU